CACUUUGUAUCUUCUAAACAAAGGGUGGAUGCAAAUGGUUUCCUUAUCCAUACAACAAAGCAGAGAAAAUACCAACAAAAACAUUGAGGAGAAUGCAAGGGCACAAUUGCGGCGUGAGGAGCUGAUUGAGGAGAUUGAGCAGAAGGUAGGAGGGCUCCGAGAACUUGAGGAAGCCGGCCGGAAGUAGAAACUUAUUCAAUCAAAUGCAUAUAUAUGCACUUUACUCAAACAUCACUGUAUCUAGUUCUUCAGCCUGGCUUCCAUAUGGUAGGGAAAAACGAAGCUAAGAAAAUAUUUUACAGCAAAUUAUGUUACAUGUUUUUAUUCUUUUUUUCCUAAUAUUUUACAUGCUUUAAAUGAACAUUUUUUCAAAUA